AUGGGCACUGCCGCGGAGUUCCAGUCAACGGGUUACACCUACGAUAUUGUUCCAGGGACCGUAGGCUUCUCUAUUGGAGCCUCUCUCACCGGCGCGCAAAGCUUGGACAAUCUGAUCCGGGGCAAGCCUCCCGUUGGCUACGUCACAAUCGACUUGGGCUUCUCUGUUGGUGCUACCUACAAACUGGCAUGGACGGGCCUUGGCAUCGGUGGCGGCUUUGGCUGUGGAAGUGAUGGAAGCUGCUCAGCAUAUUUGGCUAUCGGAGCGGUAGGCACCGUCAACUUACCCACGGCAUCGCCUUUGUGCCCGUUGGGUGUGACUAUUCCUGCCCCGCCGGCUCCGCCGCAGUGGACCUGCUCGCAGGUCAUCGGCGGCACCAUUUCCACCAUGUGUUGCAGCAUGGACUUGAGGACCGGCAAGAACGACUGCCGUUAG